GAAUAACUAAAACAGAGUUUUUCAAAUUUCCCAAAUGGUACUCGCACCCUGCAGACAUUUUCGAUCAAAUUUUUCAGAGAGAGAGAUAAGAGGAGAUCAUAUAUGGCUGCUCGGAAGAAACGUGCGGCGAAGAGUUCAGAGGAUUCAGAGGAGGAACAGAGUCGUCGUCAACGGUUUCAAGCCAUUCUUCUAGCUGACAACUUCACCACGAAACUUCUUCCCUUAACCUUAGAACGCCCCAAUGUAUUGUUACCGCUAGUGAAUGUUCCCAUGAUCGAUUACACCUUAGCUUGGCUCGAAUCUGCUGGACUAGAAGAAGUUUUCGUCUUUUGCUCGACGCAAGUCAUCGAUUAUCUGAACAACUCUGGAUGGUACUCGCACAAAGACUUUACGGUGAAAACGAUAGAGUCACCGCACAAAUCCACUAGUGCUGGUGAUGCUUUGCGUUAUAUCUAUGAGCAACAGAUUGACACGUCUCAGAUUCAAGAUGACGACUUUGUUCUUGUUAGUGGAGGUAUUGUGAGUAACAUGCCCCUAACGCAGCUGAUUCAAGAACACAGAGAUAGAAAGAAGAAAGAUGAUAAAGCUAUCAUGACUAUGGUUAUCACGGAUCAUCAAUUCUUCAUCGGUGUAAAUCCUUUAACAAAACAACUUCUUUAUUACAAUGAGGACAAGAUCUUCUUGGAUACGUCAUUGAUGGAUCGUAAUCCAUCUGUUUUGCUAUGUAGUGAUAUGCAGGAUUGUUACAUUGACAUAUGUUCUCUUGAGAUGCUUAGUCACUUUGUGGAUAACUGCGAUUACCAACAUCUGCGUUGUGAUUUUGUGGAAGGUGUUCUUGCUGAUGAUAUUACGGGUUUCAAGAUUUUCACUCAUGAGAUCAGCUCGUGUUAUGCUGCUAGGAUUGAAAACUUCCGGAGCUAUGACAUGGUUAGCAAGGAUAUAAUCCAGAGGCGGACAUUCCCGUAUGUACCGGAUAUGAAGUUGAGCGGAAAUUGUUCUCUUAAGCUCGGGAGACAAGGGAGCUAUAAGGCUUCUGAUGCUAUCCGGUCACCAUCUGUUCAUGUUGGAGAUUCCUCUGUCAUUGGACAUGCCAAAAAGAUUGGGAGUGGGGCUAAAAUCUUGAACUCGGAUCAUAUAACACAUUGUGCUGGAGCAAUAUUCUACUCUAUGAUGAAACUAGCAGCUGAUACUCCACAUAGCUCUGAUAUUAACUUGUAUAAAAAUACGGCGAGUAUCAUUACUCGAUGGAAGGGACUUCUUGGGUUCUAUGUAAAGCAAAUUGACGAACAGAUAGAAGUAAUAUCGAGAUUGGAAGAGAUGUGUCAAGAAUCUGCGCAUGAGUUGGGACCUUUGUUUGCUCAUAUAUAUAAUAUUAUUCGUUUUAUGUAUGAGCAAGAGAAUGACAAUUUGCAAGAAGUUGCAAUCUUGAGAUGGGCGGAUGAAAAAGCAGGAGCUGAUGAAUCUGACAAAGUUUAUCUGAAACAAUGCGAGCCAUUCAUAACAUGGCUCAAGGAAACAUCUGAUGAUGAAGAUGACUGAGUUCGUUGGCUUCCAAAUGGAUUGAUAUAUUGAUUAUUUGCAGUUAACAGAUACUUUGUCUUUUAUGUCACUCUUUUUUUUCCAUGUUUAUGUUGUUCUAAUGAUGUAUUUCUUAUCCAUUGACUUACACACUUGUGAUGUAAAUAUAUACAACUUUAUGUUUUUGUAAAUGCAUUAUAGGAAGCUUAUGAAUAAAUUGAAAGAAAAAAGCUUCAUUGAGUGAGAUUUGAUGAUAUCUUAACUAUGUUGC